AUGGCGGCAGACGCGCCCCCCGUGCGUCUCCUGGACCUCAUCACCGUCGUCGACAACGUGCCGCUCGAUUUCGAGACCAACCACGCGCCCUACUACCGCUUCCUCCUCGCGCCGGACCCGCGCACGCACGGCUUCAUCCACCCAAACACAGUCGCCAAGCUCCCCUGGCCGGCGGCCUUUCUCGUCGACCACACCGCGCGCACCGUGACCAUCACGCCGCCCCCCGCCGGCACCUCCCCGUCCACGUACGCCAACGCCGCCCUCCAGCAAGCCGUCGACGCCGCCAUCGCCGCGCCGCACGACUUCCCCACGCUCAACGGCCUGCACAGCGAGUACUUCCUCGUGCCGGGCGCGCGCGCCUUCGUGCAGGUGGAGCGCUUCGCCGCGCCGCUGUUCGGCAUCGCCACGCGCGGCGCGCACCUGACGGCGUACGUGCGGCCGCGCGCGCCCGGCGAGGAGCUGCGCAUAUGGGUGGCGCGCCGCAGCCGCAGCCUGUUCACGUACCCGGGCAUGCUGGACAGCACGGUCGCGGGGGGCGUCAAGGCGGAGGACUCGCCGCGCGGGUGCGUCGUCGCCGAGGCGGGCGAGGAGGCGUGUCUGCCAAGGGAGAUGGUCGAGCCGGCGGACGGGCCGCUGCGCAGCGUGGGGACGGUGACGCUGGCGAACCGCAAUGCGCGGACGGGGCUGUUCCACGGGGAGGUGCUGUACGUGUACGACAUGGAGAUGGCUGCGCCGGAGGAGGAGGAGGAGGGAGGAGGGGCGGUAGUGAAGCCGCGGCCGAACCCGGAGGACCGCGAGGUGGACGAGUUUGUGCUCAUGGGGUGCGCCGAGGUGCGCGAGCGGAUGGGCCGCGGCGAGUUCAAGCCCAACGUGUGCGCCGUCAUGAUUGAUUUCAUGGUGCGGCACGGGGUGGUGACGCCCGAGGGGGAGAAGGACUAUGUUGAGAUUUGCGCGCGGUUGAGGAGGAGGCUGCCGAUGCCGACGGUGUCGGAUGUGUGA